UGUUAUGAUCCGUCUAUGAGUAUAAGCCAUAAGGUCUAUGAUUACCACAUGGUACAUACAUAAUAUUAUUCUACAUCUACAAAUUACAAUAUUUUACAUGCGGAUCGCGGACAUCGGAUUGUCGAUCGCCGAACGCCGAACGCCGAACGCCGAACGCCGAACGCCGAACGCCGAACUCAUAUUCCAUGUCAAAGUCCAAAGGUUAAGAAACAUCUGACUGUCAUUUGUCAUAAACUCAUAAUAUAUUGCUCAUUCAAUUCCUAUUUUUUUGUGUAUUGAAAUCAAAAUGUUCUCUGAAUUAAAAAAAUGUAGUUUCGUGUUUUGAAGAUACCAAUUUUCAAAUUCUAGAAAAUAUAUAUGCAGUUAAUAUGUCCUAUUCUACAUUAAAAAAAGCUCUACAGAUUUUCGAAGAACAACCAYUAUCAAAUCAAAAACCGACACAAAAGAAAUCUGUCAACAAAUCUUCCAGUCGUUUAAAUAAAUCUAAGAGUAAAUCACAGCGUGCCAAAAGUGUAUUUAAAGUACCAAAUUUUAUGAAAUCUGAUGCUGGAAAAUCUGUUCUCAAAAUAAAAGAACAAAUAAAAAAUGAAAAGGAAUUAAAUUUGGUGCAGUUAAAUUUAGAACGGUUACAUAAAUUAGAUAAAACUAGUUGUGUGAAUAACAUUGCAUCUAACUUGAUUAAGCAACGUUUAGUCAAUUCGUCUUCUGAAAUCUCAAAUUCCAAAAAAGAAGAAAGUACUGUAUUUACUGAUGAAGAUUUUGAGAAAUUUGAACGGGAAUAUUUUCAAAACUAAUGGAUGAUUUUACUCUAGGAAAAGUU